AGAGAGAGAGAGAGAGAGAGNAGGGAGAGAGAGAUGCAUGAGUGAUAUCAUAACCAUCUCUUGAUGGGUCUUUGUUGAAAAGCCUUGGGAUUGAAGGCACAGAUUUUAAUCAUGGCAAAGGAGUUAUAAUCAUCCCCCUGUAAUUGCCAGCAACUGCUACGGCUUCAUAUAAGAGCAAAGAGAGAGAAGGAGAGAGAGGAAAAGCCGAGAGCGAGAGAGAUGAUCUCUUAUUUUUAAUUUCAGAGCUGCAGAAAGUUCUUCUGAAAAGAAAAGCUCGAAGAGACACACCAGCCGGUAAGAAAGAGAGAGCUUUGAAGGGCGGGUACACUCUCCUUCCCUCUCUUCUCUUCUACAGUAAGCUCGGGCUGGGAGGAUAUGGGUUUGAAGGAGCAAAGAGGAAAGUGAGUAAAAAAGUUGAAAAGGGAGAAAAACUCGUGAGCUUCAGCUUAAAUGUUUGGAGUGGAUUACUUUUAAAACACAAUGAUGGAGCCUUCGAAUCUAGGUCACCACCACCAGGACCAGCUUCAUGCUUCAUUUUUUCAUGAUCUUGGAACCAACCAUGAGUGGAGCCAAAGUCCCAUGUUAAACAGUGGCGGCUUCAUAUCCAAUGCCGAUGGAGUACUCCUCUCAAGCCAAAGAGAUUAUAGACUAAGUCAUGAGAUCCCACCUCUUCCUCUCAACUCACACAUGGUACAAGACCUAGGGUUUCACUGGGCUGGCAGCGUCGAGAGCUUCAUGAACCAGUCAGCCUACCAACUGAACCUAGCAAAGAUCAAAGAGGAGCUACCAGACUCUUUUCCAAGGCUCGGUGGUGUCAUUAGGGAGCCCUCAACCAUUGAGGACUACCAAUUAGAGGAGAAGCUCUUCAGAACAUUAGCAUCAGAUUGCCAGAUCAAUAGCUGUCAGCCUCGUUCCACAGACUUGUUCAAUGACCCAAGCUUGGCCAAUCAUGGAGCAGGAAGAGGAAACCUCAGUUUGGUAUUUCCGACAACCAAUAUUUCGAACCCAUGGCCCCCUAUGCCGACAUUCCCAGUAUCCUUAGACAUGGACCUUGAGGCUUUGGAUCUUUUGGCUUCAGCUAGAUUUGAUCGGAGCAUCUUCCAACCUUUGUUCAGCGGUAUGGGUUUGUUAAGAGAAGAUACACCUUUUGGGCUUGGCCAUCUCCAUGAACCAGUUCAAGUACCGUUCCAUGGUCACCAUAAGAUGCCAUCUUUAGUCGGUGGAGCUGCAGACGCAAAGAGAGCCAAUAGUAUUUUAGAGCACAAAGCAUCUCAAACAGAACAAAAAAAAAGUCGGUUCGAGUCUCGUUCUUCAAUCUCCUCAUUCAAGGUGAGGAAGGAAAAACUAGGCGAUAGGAUCGCAGCUCUUCAGCAGCUGGUGGCACCUUUUGGCAAGACUGAUACAGCAUCGGUGCUAAUGGAGGCUAUUGGAUAUAUUAAAUUUCUUCAAGAUCAAGUUGAGACGUUAAGUGUACCUUACUUGAAGUCAUCCAAUAAUAAAAAAGCAAGGAUAAUACAAGAGGUAUCAAAUGAGGAGAGAGACAAACCGAAGCUAGAUCUAAGAAGUAGAGGACUCUGCUUGGUGCCUUUGUCUUGCACAUCAUAUGUCACAAAUGAUAAUGGAGGAGUUUGGUCACCACCUAAUUAGACAGAAAAAGUGCUUGAACUGAGUAUAUUGCUAAAAGGAGUUGUACAUGCUUUAAAGCUAGCAAUCACAUCACUGAUUAAUCUAAGAAUGAUUCAUUUUCUAUUGCUUUUUU